UUUUUCUCAUUCUGUCCAGCCGGACUAAGGAUCGGGCGCCAUGCUUUGAAUCAUCGGCGCUUUGAAUGAACCGCUCGCGCGAUUCGGUAGAGUUUAAAGUCCCUAUGCAUUUUCAGGGAGAAACCGACGCAAAGGUUCAGCUGGAUUCAGACGAGCGCGCAAGUUGACUGCACAGAAGCGACGAGCCAACGCUGUCCACCUUUCACCGCAGUGCGCGGCGUUCAGAAUGUCGGCAAAGCAGAAGUCUCGGUACGAGACGCUGCCCUACCGAUGCCUCACGUGGAUUUGCUCCAAGCUGGACAUCCUCUCUCCACAAAACUAUGCCAUGAGUGAAUUAGCUAGCACACUUGCUGUGUUCGUGGAAUGGUCUUUUGGAAGCUGGCAGAAGUUGAAGCACUUCAGAAUGCCGUCGACGUCAACCUCGUCUACUUCCCUGAGGCCGCCCUCUGUCGACUUUAGCACUGUCAAUCGACUACAGUCACCUGUGCCCAGGAGGGAAGGGGUCAUGCUCAGGUGCUACCGGAGCAACUCCGGCCUGAAGGGGAGCUGCCUGCGGCCCCUGGGGCCUUGCGGGUCGCGCGCAAGCAGUGACACGGCCAGCCGCCAGUGCAGCCCCAUCCCCGAGAGCGUGGAGAGUGACAUCUCGCUUCUCAAGGAGGAAGUGGCAUCCCUCAAGAAGCAGUUCGAGGAGUUGGUCGUCUCACAGAAAGAUGCUGAGGUGCGCAGGAGCUCCUCAGCCGUGUAUGCUACCCCUGGAGCUGCUCUGCCACCACCACCGCCACCCUUACCAUCGCUGCCACCUCCUCCGCCCCCGCCACCACCACCUCCAGGCUUUUUUGCGCCCGCUCAAAAGCUUGUUGUCCGCAAGCAACGCCCCCGGGACCCAUCGACGGCGCAGGCUGAGAAGUCUCACGAGGCAAUGCUUGCAGAGGUCCUCAAGGGGCUCGGAACGGUCAAGCUAAAGAAAGUUGAAAAGUCGCCAAGCGGCACUCCUUUGCGGAAGGGCAUCACAGAAUCGGAAUCGUCCACAGCUACAGAUCCAGCCGGCAUGCUCGCUAACGCACUGAAGAAGCGCUUCAUGCACAUCCAUCCACCAGACAGCUCGGACGACUCGGCUGCCGAGGCAUGGAGUCCCUCCUCUCCAGACGUGCAGGUCAAGCGCAGGGUCGGCACCCGUAAAAAGGCGGCUCUCCGGCCGUCGUAACCUGGAAAUGUCCACCGUGCUAUCGCCCAUGCAAGAAGUGGGCGCGUGAAACUACCAGGGCUUUCAGCUAAAGGCUGCAUGUGGAGAGUGCUGGCUGUGAUCACGGCCAUCGUUUUGCUGUGCAGCCUAUCGCAUGUCAUGAAGACUGAUCACAGCCCAGCUGUACACAAGUCAUGGUUGUUGAAGGGGAUAUGACUUGGUCUUAGUCAUUUUGUAUAGCAAGACGCAUGGAGUUUGUGUGCUUUCACCAGCAUAGAGCUACAGCAUUCAUCGGAAUUGUGUUCUUGAUCCCAUGAGCAGCAGUGAGUGUGCAUUUUUGGGUGUGAGAAAUAAAAGAUGCUUCCUAAGUAUAUCAUGGGCGAGUGUACAUACUUGCGGUUUGUGAAAUGCAACUUUUUGUAAACAUUUUACUACUUCCUGUCCGUGUUUGUCAUCAAAAUGUACAUACUCUGGCAGUUGUCUGCCUAAUUGUGGCUGUUUUAAUUAUGCGAGUGUUUUAAGUGUUUACCUUGUAUUUGUAUUUUAUCUGUUUAUCUUAAGCUUCUGUCUAUGUGCUUGUGGUGUCAUAAUUUUAUUGGUUCCUGAACGCAAUAAAUGCAUCGCAAAGCCA